UACAUCCUCAGGCGUGCUGUAGCUGGGAAACAUAUCAGUUGCUGUGGAGUGAUUUGACGGAGGUUCUUGUGGCUGGACCAUCACAACGCUGCGUCGGCUGCUUGCUACACACGCAUGUAGGCUAAUAUUUCGGUGAAUUUUGGAAAUAUACGGAGGAAAAAAAGCACGCUGUGAAUUUUGCAUGUCAGGAGCGGAGAACUGUGUCGCCGGUCAACGGCUCUUUUCCGUUUUGGAUCGUUUUUUCCCAAUGACAUACUAAUUAUUCGCAGGCAUGUGGAAUUGUACAAGGAUUACGAAUUGCCUCUCAAUACUGUGCCUCAUAUUGACGAUAUGGACGGAGGUGUCCAAGUGCUCUGGCUAUUUUGAGCUGCAACUGAUUACCGUUCAGAAUGUGAACGGUGAGUUGUCGGACGGGGAAUGCUGCGACGGCACAAGGAACUCACAGGAUCUGCGCUGUAGUCGGGACGAGUGUGAUACUUACUUAAAAAUUUGCUUAAAGGAGUACCAAACUGAGGUCACAACCACUGGCUCUUGCACCUACGGAGUUGGAUCUACACACGUUCUUGGUGGAAAUAUUUUUUCUUUUAAGAAUACGAAGAAUAACCAAAACAAAAUCAACGAUGCUGGCAAGGUUCUCAUCUCUUUUCAGUACGCAUGGCCGCGGGCGUACUCCCUCAUCGUGGAGGCCUGGGACUGGGACAACUCCACCCGCAACAAUGACGAGGAGCUGCUGAUUGAGCGGAGCAUCCACACAGGCAUGAUCAACCCUGGCGACCACUGGCAGACCAUCCAGCACGAUGGGCCCGUGGCGCGCCUCGAGUACCGCAUCCGUCUCAAGUGUGACGAGAACUACUACGGCAGCAAGUGCAACAAGCAGUGCCGGCCACGUGACGACUACUUCGGCCACUACCGCUGCGAGCAGUCCGGCAACCGCGUGUGCCUGGAGGGAUGGAUGGGCGAAGACUGCCAGACGGCGAUCUGCAAGCAAGGCUGCAACCUGUUACAUGGAGACUGCUCAGUCCCGGGGGAAUGCAAGUGCAACUAUGGCUGGCAGGGCCAGUUCUGUGACGAGUGUGUCCCCUACCCAGGCUGUGUUCACGGGACCUGUGUCAUACCCUGGCAAUGUAGCUGUGAGCGCAACUGGGGAGGCCUGCUGUGUGACAAAGAUCUGAAUUACUGUGGCAGACACCAGCCGUGCGUGAACGGCGGCACCUGCAUGAACACGGAGCCGGAUGAGUAUCGUUGUGCCUGCCCCGAUGGCUACUCUGGCAAGACCUGCGAGAUAGCUGAGCACGCCUGUGCGUCCGACCCGUGUGCCAACAGCGGCACGUGCCACGAGGUCCCUUCUGGUUUCGAGUGCCACUGCCCUCCGGGGUGGGAGGGGCCCACCUGCGCCAACGACUUGGACGAAUGUGCGUCCAGUCCUUGUGCCCAGGGCGGGACAUGCAUCGAUCUGGAGAACGGCUUUGAGUGUGUGUGCCCCCCACAGUGGGGUGGGAAGACCUGCCAGAUCGAUGCGAAUGAGUGUGUGGGGAAACCGUGUGUAAACGCUUACUCUUGCAAAAACUUAAUUGGCGGAUAUCACUGCGACUGCUUUCAAGGAUGGUCUGGACAAAACUGUGACAUCAAUGUCAAGGGCUGCCACGGCCAAUGUCAGAAUGGAGCGACGUGUAAGGAAGGGCCCAGGGGGUACCUCUGUCAGUGCCCGUCAGGCUUUGUGGGCACGCACUGCGAGAUCCAGCGGAACAGGUGUGCCAGUGGGCCCUGCCAGAACGGUGGGCGCUGCCACAGCGUUUUGGACGGCUUUGUGUGCGAGUGCCCGACCAAGUUCUCCGGGGAACUGUGUGAGGUCCCAGGUUGGUCUCCUUCAGACCCAUGUGAGCCAACCCCCUGUGAGAACGAGGCACCGUGCCACGCCCUAACGGGUGACUUUUACUGCGCCUGUCCCGAUGGCUACGAGGGCAAGACCUGUGCCCACCUCAGGGACCACUGCAGGACCACCCCCUGCCAAGUAAUUGACAGCUGCACCAUUGUCGUGGCGACCAAUGACUCCGCGGGCGAGGGUGGCUUUCGUCACAUCUCGUCCAAUGUGUGUGGCCCCCGGGGACGCUGUAUCAGCCAGCCCCGCGGCAACUUCACCUGCUUCUGUGACUCCGGCUUCAGCGGCACCUAUUGCCACGAAAACGUGAACGACUGUGUGAGUAGCCCGUGUCGGAACGGAGGCACCUGCAUCGAUGGAGUCAACUCCUUCCAGUGCUUCUGUCCUGAUGGGUGGGAGGGCCGGCUCUGUGACCUUAAUGUGAACGAGUGCAACCGUAACCCGUGUAAGAAUGGUGGCUUCUGUGUGGAUCUGGUCAACGACUUCUACUGCGAGUGUACCAACAACUGGAAGGGCAAGACCUGCCACUCCCGUGAGAGUCAGUGUGACGCCAACACCUGCAGUAACGGGGGCACCUGCUAUGACCACGGGGACGCUUUCCGCUGUGCCUGCCCCCCUGGGAGGGGCGGCAGUACCUGUAACACAGCCAAGAACAGCAUGUGUGUGUCCAGCCCGUGCUCCAACGGAGGCACCUGUGUGGGAGGCGGCGACUCCUUCACCUGCAUCUGCAAAGAGGGCUGGGAGGGCCCCACCUGCUCCCAAAACACCAACGACUGUAACCCUCACCCCUGCUACAACGGUGGUAUCUGUGUGGACGGUGUCAACUGGUUUCGAUGCGAGUGUGCCCCCGGGUUCGCCGGACCGGACUGUCGUAUCAAUAUAGAUGAGUGCCAGUCGUCUCCCUGCGCGUACGGUGCCACCUGCGUGGAUGAGAUCAACGGCUUCCGCUGCGUCUGCCCACUGGGGCGAACGGGCCCACAGUGCCAAGAGUUUAUUGGUAUCGGGAAGAGCUGCCACUAUGCCGGCCUGCAGUUCCUUCAUGGCAGUCGAUGGGAAGAGGAGUGCAACAACUGCCACUGUGUCGAUGGCAAAGUGGAGUGUACAAAGGUCCUCUGCGGACGGCGGCUGUGCCUUCUCCCAGGGUCAUCAAAGUCAACGGGUGAGGAAUGUGCCCAGGCGGGCCCAGGUGGGCAUGAGUGCCAGGAGCACAGCUACCUCGCCUGCUUCUCGCCCCCCUGCCAUCGUUGGGGGGUGUGCUCAUCCUCCUCCGGCAGUGGUGAGCCCGCACCCCAUGACCACACCAAGUGCCAGCCCAACAGUGGGCACCUGGACAACAGCUGUGCCCGCAUCACGCUCAUCUUCAACCGGGCCAAAGUGCCAGUGGGCACGACGGUGGAGAACAUCUGUUCAGAGCUGAGAUACCUGCCUGCCACCCGAUCCCUGGCCAAAGACCACGCCCUCCUUGUGCUCUGUGACCUCUCCUACACCAAUCAGGAUGCUGUAGAAGUUGCCAUAUCGUUCCAGCCGGAUGAGCAGCCUGACCACAGUCUGAUCCAAGAGGCGGCCAGCACCAUUGUGGGCACGCUGUCUAAGCGUCACAACAGCACAGUCAUGCUGGCUGUCAUUGAGGUCAAAGUGGAAACGCAGGUCAUGCCCCCCACAGUGGACUACCUUGUGCCCAUUCUGUGUGUGGUCUUCUGUGUACUCUGGCUCUUCUGCAUCAUUGUGUGCGUGUGGUGGACACGCAAGCGGAGAAAAGAGCGCGAGAGGAGGGUGCCCAUCGACGAGAGCGUCAACAACCAGUGGGAGCCCCUGCGGCCCGUUGGAGGACGUCAACAACAACCGCAGCUCAAAGACAACAAUGAGGCCCAACAGGAGCGCAAAAAGCUCAUGGGCUCCCCCUACAGGAUGCGUGAUGGAGGGGAGGAAGAGGAGGAGGAGACAGAGGGAGAGAUGGAGUUCGAGGAGGAGGACGUAGAAGCGGAAGCAGGCAAGGGGCCCGUCUGUAAGUACUCUAAAACCGGAGUGCAGUCCAAAGGGGAUGUGAUCUGCACUUUGCGGAGUUUGCCCUUAAAAACACCCAUCCGGACCACCACCAAAGACAACCUCUGGAAAAAUGUCAACGCCUCCCUGGCUGGCCAAGACGUCAAAGACCAUUUUGUAUGAACAAACAGGACUCUGAAACGGACUCACUCCACAGCCCCGACCGAGGAAAGAUGGGGAGGAUCCUAUAUAUUGUACUAUUAAAAGAGCGGCUUUUCA